GAAAUUAUUUUCAAAAUAUAAUUAAGAAGAAAGUUAAAAAAUUUAUAAAUAAUAGUGUGUAAGUGAAAAGAGAAUAGAAUCUAGAAUAGAAUAAUGAGAAUAAGGAAAAACGCGCUUUUUUUAUAAGUGUAAUGGACAUAACUAAAGCAACUUUCGCAUAGUGUAUGGUGUUUACUUAUUUACCGAGGAUUUGCCAUAAACAGAUAUUCAACCAGGAUUUUUGGAAAAAUAUCAUCCAAAGUAGUUUAUCACGGACUUAUCUUUAAAACAGCAGAUAUCAGCGGAAGCAUGGAUCCUUUGCAUGAAGCAACCUCUUUAUCCGAAAUAAGUUUUGAUGAGUUAUUGGAUGCAACGCCGAUUAAGAAAAAUGGCGAAUCACUGACUGAAGGCGAUCCUUUAGAAUUGCAUGAACAAAUAAAAACGAAAACCGAUAAUAGCGUUAAUGCCUUGGUACCUAAAAAGCCGCCUUUACCAAAAACGAUUAUAGCAGCAGGCGCUUCAGGUAUGCCUCGCGAAGGUGUCGCGAGCGUUUCGCAGUCAGGUCCUGUCGUUUUAAACAGUAGAAAUAUAUUACCGAAAAUGUCUAUACCGUUGGUAAAUAACAUUAUAAAAGUGACUCCCAAGAAUACUGUAUUAAUUAGCACCAAUCAUACCAAUACCAGUAACUCUGUAAUAGCGACUGCCGCGAAUAUGGGGCAAGUGAAGACCGCUUAUAAGGCUAGUGGACAAAAAAUUUUUAUACAAAAAGCCAGUACUGGCACUACUGGCACCUUAACCGGUGUAAAGCUGCAGUCAUCCGGAAGCAGCAAUCCAAUGCUGUUAAAAACUAUAACGUCCCCAGUCACGAGUACUGCGAAAACGGUCGGCAAUGUCAAUAAGACUGUAUUGCAAAUGAUUCGAACCCCUAAUGGCAAAUUCGUACACGUUAGACCUACUAUCCCCGGCAAAAAUUCUACAAUGACCUUGUCUCCUGCCACUUUAGCCGGAAAAAGGAUUAUCUCCGCACAAGGAAAAGUACUAAUAAAAACUCCUGUGAAGGCAUUGACACCUUUGUCUUCAGCAGAAACUAUUACCACUACUCCUAGUAACAUAAAUGUUUUGCCGGUUUCCAGAACGCUACUGAAAAGUUCAACUGGGGAGAAUAUCGCGAGCAAUUCUAAAACGAUUGUAGUGCAAAGUCCUGGUGGGAAACAAAUUAUUGUAUCCAAUCAAAAUUUAAUUAAAUUUUCUCCUAAAUCCCAAAGCAUAACCACAACAGCGGGCAGCGUUAGCACGACAUCCGCUAAUAGCAGUCCAAAAGUCAGUGGCCAUGCUAUACAAAUACCAGGACAAACGGGACUUCAAUAUGUUCGCGUUGUUUCCGAUACGAAAUUGGUUCCAAAAUCUACACAAUCUACGAAAACAGCUUCAACAACUACAACAAAUACAAUAUUCGCUGCAGCUACUGCGGUUAAUACAAAGGUUGACACCACCAGCAGUGUGGGACCGAUACAGAAAGCAAAGAUUUUAAAUUCUGUGCCGCAGCAUUUUAAGGUGCAACGUGCAGCCUAUAAUAAGCUCGUGGUCACGCAACCAAUUGUGAAAACAAAUACUACAACCAGUACAUUUUCACCUGUAGCCUCCAAAGUUCAGAAAACCAUUGUUACUGCGCCGACUUUGAGGCCAAUAAGCAGCGACAAAAUCAAAACCGUAACGCUGAUCAGAAAUGGGUCGUCAACACUUCCGACCCAGGCGGCUCUAACAGGAAAACAUAAAAUUUCCGAAAGUAUAGAACCAGAGCUUGCAGAUAAUUCGUCUGGUGCACCGGAGAACAAGAAGCCUGCAAUAUCCAAGAGACUAAUUUUAAUCCCUAACAGUAUGCAGAGGGCUUUAAAUAACGGUGUGCAAAUACAGGGUCGUGUAAAUGCACAAAUGGUAUUGGUCACUAAGGACACAACGAAAAGCAGCACGACUACUCCUGUUGUUUCUUCUGGUGUCAAUAUCAGCGCCACCAACAAUACAAAAAAUUUGUACAGUGUUCUAAAGCCUCAAACAACGCAAUCACAGCAAUUGUACAGUGUUUUGAAAAGUAAUAACACAGACAACACAACAGCAACGACGACAGCAAUAUCAUUAAGUUCUAUAAGUAAACCUAUUAUAUUCAACGCUCAGCAGCACCAGAAAUUGCAGGAAUUGAGAACACCGGCUACUCCCUCGCACAGUAGCGGGAAUAGUCCGACGGUCAACCCUUCAGAUUCUACAUUUCUAGCAGUGAAAAUCAAAGAAGAGCCCUUGGAUUCAACGGUCGCGAAAUCAAAACUUAAUAUCAAACCAUUGCCGGCAAAUUCUACUCCACCAUUAUUGGAAGACACUAAAAGUAAAGAGGAAAUGUUAGUUGGAGGUAUACGUCGCAAACAUUGUAAUUGCAGUAAAUCGCAAUGCCUAAAACUAUAUUGCGAUUGCUUUGCAAAUGGAGAAUUCUGUAUAAACUGUACUUGCAAAGACUGUUACAAUAAUCUGGAACACGAAGACGAGCGCCAGCAUGCGAUUAAAAAUUGUUUAGGCAGAAAUCCAAGCGCUUUUAAACCGAAAAUUAUAGCUGGUCGAGAUCAAAGUGAUAUGCGCUUACAUAAUAAAGGUUGCAACUGCAAACGUUCAGGUUGCCUGAAAAAUUAUUGCGAAUGCUAUGAAGCAAAAAUACCCUGCAGCUCUAAUUGCAAAUGCUAUGGAUGUCGGAACGUUGAAGAUCGACCGGACUUGGAUAUGGAUCCAAUAGAUCCAAAGAUCAUGGUAACAAUAGCAAAUGCAACGAAUCAAAUGUCAACAAAUGGCUCAAUGCCAGCGCAAAAACGUACCUACGAAAGGGUUAAUUUAAACAAUGUGGUGUCGGUUAAAACUGAGAGGAUAAUAAAGGAAAUCUGGAAAACUAAUUUAAACGGCGCUGAACUAUUGGCUGUAUCCAACAACACGUCGCCGUCAUUGGAAAAGCAACAAUGCAAUUUCAUCACUCAAGAAGUUAUUGACGCUACCAUACAAUGCAUGGUUACGCAGGCGGAUGAAUGUGAAAAGAAUGGCUUGCCGGCGUACAAAACGGAAAAAAUGGUUAUGGAAGAACUUGGCCGAUGUCUAGUUGAAAUUAUAGAUUUCUCCAUACGUAAUACUGACAAUGCUUUCGCCCAAGAUUGAAAUUUAACAAUCUUCUCUUAAUCUCUUAAUUUUAAUUGAAUAAUGAAGAAAUAUUUUUACAUUGAUUGCAAAGAGGAAAAGAUAAAGUGUACAUAAAAGUGAAAUUCCCUGCAAGGAUUAUUGUAAAACUUGAUGUUUGAUAUACUAAAUCUUUCGAACAUGAUUAUGUUUCGUAUUCUUAUCGCCAUGUAUUGUAGCGUAAAGCAGCAGGAAAACUGUUGGCACUGCAACAAUAUCCGUGCUACAAAUAUAUGUACAUACAUUUUCAAAAAUAAUUUCGAGUGCGUCGCGGUCAUCUGGAUUUAAUUUUUGAUGCAAAUUUAUUCGCCCUAUUCGCUGAAAGGGCAUUGAAAUUCAAAAAAUAUUCUUGAAAAAGAAUGGCAACUCUGGUGGGGGUUUUUUCGUUUAGGUUAUUGGCUAGGACGGUGUUAACAAAUUUCAUAAAGUGGUUUUUUUGGAGAAAGUAUGUUGUGAUU